AUGUCUAGCGUACCGCUCAGAUCUACUUCUACGCGAUCGCCCAAUCCCACUGCUCUCCUGGGUCAACCCACCGGAGAGAGGAAUCUGAACCUUGCAUCGUCUUCCGCAUCUUCCUCUCAGAUUGGUGCUCAAGCAAAUAGGGCGGAUCAGGUGUUAUAUCGAUUCUACCUGAAAACAGUGGAGGUAUUGGCAGAUGGCAGAUUGACUCAUUAUGGCGGUACUGUAGGGAAGAAGUCGGGUGAGAAGAAGAAGGAUAAGUGGUUCAAUCUGAUUCUACCUGAAGUAGAUCUAUAUAAAUCAGAUUUACAGAUCUACCGUUCAAUCUCAUCUUAUCAACCUUAUACCGAACCGGGAGAGACUCCUUCUCCUUCAUCAUGUACAGUUCCACCAUUACUCAUCGCUUUCAUACUCGAUACCAGUGAUAUACCUAGCGGUCAAGCCUUACUAUGGAAUCGCAAUAGUGCGAAAAUCCCUAUCGAUGUGGGAUCAUCAGGGAAAGGAAAAGGAAAGGGCAAAGAGAAGGAAAGUAAAUCCGGUGUCGUACUGGAACGAUGGACAUUCAGAGCUCAGUUGCCUCCCUCCGAUUCCAACUCUUCUUCACAGCUAGCCCCUCACACCGCUUACCGAUUAGGUAUCAUCCAUUUUCGAGCUGUACUCUCUCUCAUACGUCUCUUACCCGCUUAUCGCCUAUUCCGACGCCUACGCCGUUCGAACAAUGGUCUACGUAUGGGACUGAAAUUAUGGGGUCCGGAAGGAUACCCCAAUACUCCUGAAGGUCUUUCGGAAGCGUGGGAAAUCAUGGAAAGAGGUUUGAUAGGCUUAGAUAUCGGUCUAGAUGAACUGGUGUCUGGUGAUACGGUUCAACCUGAAGAGAUUGAACGAUAUGAUUUCCCAAAACUCGAUCUGUUUGGAAAUGAAUUUACGUUAAGUGCCGAAUAUAGGCCGGAAGUGGAUUUCAAUGUUGAGGAUAUGGAAGCUGUCUUAAGUGAGAAAUUCGUUGAUAUGGAUGAAGAUUGGUUCACACCUACUGUUUCUCGUCGAAAUACACAAGAUGAUCCGGUCAACUUGAAGAGCGAACCAAGAAGGGUGUCUAUUCCUACAGCUAUACAGUCGAACAAUUCACCUAUACCUCAAAGACAACCUGCUCUGCCUGUUGGAUCAAUAGCUUCUGGCGGCGCUGGGAUUUACACUGCUUCAGUUAGACAAGGUGGAAGUAGAGUACCCUCCAGUCAGGAGAAGCGAACGGCUGUGGGUAGCUUAGGAACCGAGAAAUGGGGAGCGUUUGCCGAAGGUCUUCCAUUUGCUGGAGGAGCAUCGACCACAAGUCAAAGAGAAGUACAAAGUCACGAACCUCCUUCACCCAGUAUGGCUACUCCUGCUGCCAUUGUCGCUGCCAGACGACUAUCGGGUCAUUCCAUUCAACCUUUCGCUUCUGCUUCACCAUCAACCUCGCUGCUUCGCUCCACACCACCUCAAGCAUACACCGGAUCUCCUAUCCCCUCUUCAUCAUCGGCUCGUCCGGUCAUUGGUACAUCCCGCCCUUCUUCGGUAGGAAGGACAAGUUCGUUCUUGUCUCAAUCUGGAAGGUCAUUCACUCACGCUCAACUGGCAAAUAUGUAUGCUGGUUCCGCCUCUCCGCCUGUGACUGGGGCCAUGUCUGGUGUAGGCGUCCAAAUUCCUACAUCUUCACCCCUACCGGGUCAAUCGCCCGUUUCGCCAUCUUCGCUCAGCUUCACCAAACAACCUGUCCCCAGAAGUAUAUCUGGGAGACCUUACUACAUGACGCCUAGCGCAUCAUCGCCGUUCAUACCCGAAUCUUUAGAACGGGAAUCUUCCUUGUCCUCUAACGCAGGUGCACCAAGCAUAAUCAAACGGUACUCUUCGUCUCUAUCCCAACGAUCGGGGAGAGCGAUAAGUGGUACAGCCAAUGUCAAUGUUGGAUCUCAAGGAAGUAGUGUUGGAGAAGGAAGCUUUCCUGGAAGUGCAGGUCAGGGACUUCUUCGUCGUACCAGCACGCGAGAGAGUGGGUUGAGACAUAGCUUAGAAGGACCUGGAUCAGCGAGUACCAGAUUACCUGCGCCGGACGAAGAUGAUAUUCAAGCCUUCCUCAAGACGCUCGACGCGUUGCCCCAACCACCUUCGAUAGCCGCUCAAGCCGUGCAGUCAUCUUCGCGGUCUCACUUACCUUCAACUUCAUCAUCCCUUUCUGCGCCCUCUGUCCCCCCCACUCCAUCUCCUCUCUUGACUUCCUCUGGAUCACCCGGCACCGGCGCUACGGGAUAUGGCGGUAGAGUACCUAUGACAAGACAGCAGGUAGAUGAAGAAUUGAGACGAAUGGCCGGAUCAUUCUCGCUCAAUACACCUUCAGCAUUUGUUGCUUCGCCAUCAGCAAUCGCAUCUGGAUUAUCUUCGCCUGUCAAAGGUGCAGGCACAGGAUCUGGAUCCAACACCAACUCAAACUCGACCAACCCCUCUUCUAUAGGCUUACUCAGUGCUUCCAGACCCGCUUCAGCGAAUCGAAGGGCCAUACCUGGAUUCGAGCAGGAAAGGGGUAGUAGACCAUUAUACAGAAGGCAGACUUCUGGCGAGAAAUCACCUUUGGGUCCUGGUCCUAAUUCUGGACCAGGUUUGAGCGUACCUACAUCGAUUGCCAGUAGAUCACCUAUAUCAGCUAGUCCAAUGACAGCUUUAAAGUCAGCUGAUGAUGUACAUAAUCAUACCCACCCUCAUAUCCAUUCACACGUCAUUCAAGGAGGAGGAGCAAGGAGCUUACCAGGUAGAGGAAGAGACGUAACCGUUUUAGAUGAAGAACCUCUACCUGCUAGAUCAGCCGGUAUCACCAGUGUCCUAUCGCCUCAAACUACAGGGACAAGUGCGACUGAAUCUAUGAGAUCCAGAAGAGGACCAGUAUUACUAAGGGGUGGAUUUGGUGAACCUCCCAUUGGACUAGGAAUAGGAAGUGGAAGACCAUCGUCGUAUUCUAGUCCUUCACAUAGUCCUGUAAGGGAAUUGCCAACGAAAUCUACAGGUGUAGGGUUGGGUAUAAAAGAAAGUGAAUCAUGUGAACCUCCUCAACCACAAUCACAACCGCAAUUGUCUAGUGGUAGUGGGAUUGGCGUUGGGGGUAGAUCGCCUUAUACGAUUGCUGCUAGACGAUCCUCAGGAGGGAUUAGUGGGUACCCUGGAUUGCCUCAGUCGUCAGGAAGGACGCUCAAAGGUCAACGAACUGCUCCGUCCUCACUAGGAAGAGAGGAUGAUGCCAAUACGCCUAUCGUGCUUGGAGGUACAAGGGGGGAAAGGGAUAGGAGUAGAGUGAGGGAUGAUAGAGUCCAGGAAGAGGGGAUGGAAGAAUUGGAAAUUAAAUUGAGCGGAAUAGAAAUUGCAUCUGGAAGAGGAAGAGGAGAUACCGACUGUUAA